AUGACGGGCGACGUGGCAGCGCUGCUUGAUCGGCCGGCGCGGCACGGCCAUACCGGCGCCAUGCUUGCGAUCGAACGACCCAUUCCGGCGAUAGUGGCGGCCACCAUCACCCUGAUCGCGAUGGCGGGCCGGGACAGCGCCGCACAAUCGACCGAGUGGUAUGAAACGGUCGGUGGCGCGGUGCGGGUCGUCGUCGCGCCGCCGGACCCGACCGAUACGGAAAUCCGCGGAAUGCUGGAAGUCCGCCUUGAAGAAGGCUGGAAGACCUAUUGGCGCGAUCCGGGCGCAUCGGGCAUUCCCCCGCAGAUCGACCUCGCCGGCAGCAAGGGCGUGGCGGACGCCGAACUGCACUAUCCGGUACCGGUCUGGAUCAACAAUCCCUACGGGGACUUUGCCGGCUAUGACCGGCCGGUCUCCCUGCCCUUCACCAUGGCGCGCACGGCCAAUGGCGAGGCGGAACUUGUCGCAAACGUCUUUCUGGGAAUUUGUGAGGACAUCUGCAUACCGGUCCAGACACGGUUCUCGAUGUCGAUCGGCCACGCCACCGGCAGCACCCUGGCGGCGAUGCGGGUUGAACAGGCCCAUGCGGCGCUGCCGCCGCCGGAAGCCGCGGGCCUGACCGUCGCGCCAAACGGACAUAUGGAGGAUGGACGGGCGCGCGUGACCGUCGUCAACAUGGCCGACCCCGACACGAUCCCGCAACUUUUCGUUCACGCGCCCGAUGGCACGCAGUUCAAGCCGCCCGAAAUCCUGUCGUCCGAAAAUGGCAAGACGGUCUUCGCGAUUGAGCCGGUCAAUGCGCCGGAAGCACCGCGAACCGUCGAUGCGAUCGUCACGGUCGAUGGCGGCAGCGUCCGCAUCGAAACGCGCGUUUCACUGGAACUUGGCUGA